GUAAUUCAUUUAUCUUUCGUUUGAUAACUUGAAAUGCAAUCACCUUCUUCCUUUCACUGAAGAUUGUCCAAAUUACAAUUCGACUGAAGCAUGUCUAGGCGGUACAACACCGAAUACAACGUGUAUUUGGUGUGGAAAAGCUAACACAUGCAUUACAAGAAACGAUAUGGAUGUUCAUAUCUUCGAAGUGAAUGGUUGCCAGAUGAAAAGUUCGAUUGUUGAGGAUCCCACUGAACUAACAACUUCAGCAACUAAUGAAACUGAUCUAAAAAAUGAAUUGAAGGAGACUAAUCCAAGCACUGAAUCACACUUGAACAUCACUACAGAUACAACUGAAGACAUUGAGAAAAGAAAAUCCCUGCCAUACAUGUACAUCGUUGUACCAGUAGUUAUAUCUUUCCUUAUUGUAUGCAUUGCUUGUGGCAUUUGGCUGUGGUUCUACAGAAGAAGGAACAGAGUUCAUUCAUAGUACCCACAAACAGUUUGUCAAUUUUGUUCAUCAAGUUGACUGUACUAUUUUCAUUUUCGUAUUUUAUGAAAUACACUUUCUAUUUUGUUAAUCAUUUCAAUACAUUGAAGAUUGUUUCAUGGAACCGCAUAUCACAUUGAUGAUUGUUUACGUAAUGACUGAUGUCACUUUGUUGGUAGAAUAUAAAAAUAUAAUUUUUUGUAUUUG